GCCAAAUACACUCCAAAAAGACUGAAAAUGUUCCCAGUUUCUCUCAUUAAAUAAAAAAUAUAUGCCUACAUUUUAGUGCUUUUAAAUAUCCAUUACUCCUUCCCUUCGAAGCCUCUUCAUUCCCACCAAUUUUCCUCUCAUCUUCUUGUCUCUCUAGCUCUCUGCUUAUUGUUCAAUAAACAGCAAUGAUUCUGAAACUUCGGAGCCCUUUCAAGCUGGAAGGGGACAGUACCGGAGAGGACAAGAACAAUCCAAUUUAUGCAAGCUGCAGCAAGACUUCAUCAUCAGUUGUUGGUUUGAGAAUCCUUACACAAAUUUCACAGGGAAAACCGGAUGUUGCCGUUGUUGUUGUUAAACCUGACUUGAAAAUUAGCUUCCCCACCUCUAGAAAGCAUUACCAUGGCCAUUCCGGCCGGUUGCCUGCCAGUCAAUCUUGUUUUCUCAAGUCAUGUCAUCUAUGCCACAAAAACUUAAGCCUAGAUAAAGAAGUUUACAUGUACAGGGGUGACCAAGGCUUUUGCAGCAUAGAGUGCAGGGACAGGCAAAUUGUUUUGGAUGAAAUGAGGGAACUUUAACUGUCUACUAAACAGAUGCUAGCAUCUUCUAGGCAUCGUAGCGCAUCCGGCCGACGAGAUACCUGCAUCCUCCUAGACGAUCUCUGCCGGAGAAAUAAAUCCCCUCAUCAAAACCAAAAGCAUUGGGCAAUAGUCUCAUAAUUCAUAACUUCAUAUUACAUAUAUAUAAUGAUUUUAGUUUGGAAUUAGGAGAUUUCCUCUCUAUAUAAAAGAGAAGAAAAUUAUUGAUUAUACAACUUUUUUUUUUUCAAUUUUUUUUAGAUGAGGAAGUGGAAGAUAUUUGAUUAAUGUUGUAAAGUGAAAGAAAGUGAUGAGUAGCUGGGAUGUUUUUGUGACAUAUCGUUAUAAACAACAAUGGAUAAAUAUAAUUCUAAUCUAAGGCAUUGUCUUUUUGCAUCAAAAUUACUUUCUAAGAUAAGUAUGCCUUCUCAUUCUUGCCCAUCACUAUCCUUCUUUCUUGGCUACAACAAUAAAAAAAGCUGACAAUGGCUAAUACUUAUCGGCUAUUAUAAUGGCAGAUAAGUAUGUCUUUUUGCUUUUUCAAUUAUACUUUGGU